UUCACUCCCAAAUACCCUUUUCAUCGUCUCUCUCUCUCUCUCAAAGUUCAAAAACAAUGGCUCCGAAGCGCCUAAAAGAAGACCCACCUCCCGCUGCUACUUCCUCUGGAGAAGAGGAAGUAGACUCUGAGAACGAUGCUGCCUCCGACGAAGAAGAAGAAGAAGAACAUGAAGUAAGCAACGCUGUUCAAGAAAAGGAAAAAUCUGAUGAUGAUGAGGAAGAAGAUGAAGAUGAUGAUGAAGAAUCCCCUGCGGGAAAGCUCACUGUAAUCCCUUCAUCGAACAAAGUCUCCAACUCCAACCCCCAAUCCGACAACGAAUCCGGGUCUGGGUCGGACUCCGAAUCCGAAUCCGAAUCUUUCAACGACAAGUCCUCCCCGCCUUCCCCAUCUCUCUCCGCCUACACCAUCAAGCCGAUCGCUUCCAAGCCCAUGGAGCCCAAGAAGUCCUCCGCCGCCGCCAAGCCCAUUAACUCCAAGAAGAGGAAAGUUGUUGCAUCAUCAUCAGCAAUAACCAACGGUGACGAUGAGGACUCGAAGAAGCACACUGGAGGCGUUCCACGCCUGUGGAGCGAUGAGAAUGAGCUGGCAGUCCUGAAGGGCAUGAUCGAAUACAAAUCCAAGAAAGGGUCGGACCCGAUUUCGGACAUGGGUGAUUUCCAUGAGUUCAUCAAGAAAAACAUCAGUGUUGAAGUGUCUAAGAACCAGCUGGUCGAUAAGGUUCGAAGGAUGAAGAAGAAGUACCAAGUCAAUGUCGAAAAAGCCGGCGAUAAUGGUGAGAACCCUGUUUUCUCUAAGCCUCAUGAGCAUAGGUGUUUUGAAUUAUCUAAAAGGAUUUGGGGUAUUGAAGCUGGUAGCAGUAGAAAGGCGAAGCCUCCUACAAGGGGCAUUGCUAAUAACAAUAUUUAUAGCAAUAACAAUUCGAUUGCAAUAGCAUUGCCGGCGAAGAAGAAGGAAAAAGAGAAGGAGAAGGAGAAGGAGAAGGAGGCUUGUUUGGAUAAUGGGGAAGUGAAGGAUGAGAAGGAAGAAGAGUUUGUGGCAAGUUAUCCGUGUUUGAACUCCGUGUUGGAGUCAGGGGAGGAGGGUUUUUCGAGGUUAGGGAAAAGGUUUAAGAUGGAAUUGGUCACGGGCAUUGGGAGUGCCAAGGCAACGGAGUUGGAGACCAAGUGGAAGAAGGUAAGGGAGGCUGAGUUGGAAGUGUAUGUGAAGAGGGUGGAGUUGGUGCACGAGCAAGCUAAGCUGAUGUUGGAGGCUUUCAAAAAUAGGGCUUAAGGAGCUCGGUUUUGUUUGAUUUAUUUUGUUUUGGUAAGUAUGAUAUGCUUUUUAUUUUUUUGUUAAAAAGGAACUGAUUUUGGUUGAAACCCGUGUUAAAUUCAUUGGGUUUUCAAAAUUUUGGUAUAAAUUUGCAUACAUGGGAUUAUUUGCUUAUGAUAUGAGUAAAGUUAAUUCACUUAUGGGGUUUAUGGUUUU